AUCGGCGGUAGCAGUGUGUAACCCGAGAGGAAAAUCAUUCGGUUUCUCCUUCGAGAUAUCCAAUUAGGCGCGUGAGGGGUUUGCUCGUCUUGUACCGAGACCGGGCUAUGGCCGCUAGCUUGAUCGCCUGCGAGCGUACAGGGGCGACGGUGUGCUCAGAACCCGCUAUGCUGAAUCUCAGGUGCUUCGUGCUUGAUGCGUGAUGUUGGAAGACCAUGUAUUUGGGAACUCAGCGAUUGGCCGGGAAGCGAUCUGACCUUUCGGUGCCAAGGGUUUGUGUUUUGAGCUUCUUGCUGAUUGAGAGUGAGUGCUUAGAGUCGACUGCAUGUCAGCUACGUGCCGAGUUGCCUUAGUGAACACGGUUGCGCUGUCGUGGGUUGGGGAAUUCGACGUAGGAUCGAGAAAUUGGCGGGUAGGGCGCGGAUCGAAGCGGGUGAAGAAUCGGAGAGCUCGCGCUGUGGAUGUGGGAGAGUGUCGAUUUGCUUGGGACGUUCUCGGAUACGCGUCUGUGGUCCGGAAGAGGAGGAAGCAGGAGCAGCGGAAGAUUCGAGUCAGGCUCGAACGCUCGCACUUGGCUUUCAUGAUCGCGUCCAUGAGAUGCUGUUGGUCGACCAAGCAUUCGCUUGGGCGAGGGUCCGACAGGAGUCAAGAAUCCCCUGCAAUGAUCGAGCCGGUGGACCAGUUGACAUUCGACAUUGCGGUGGGCACGAAGCGGUGAGGCCAAGUGCAGGGAUUUGGAUUUGGAUUCAUUCAAUUGGUGUGUGAGGACGACAAGCUGGAGGAGUUGGAAUGAGAGAGGUGGGAGCCGACAACAAAUUCCCAGCCCCCGAGGAGGGGUUUUUCUGGAGUCAUUCGAGCAUUCACUACAACUGUCAGAAGAGGCUUCUUGACCUAGAACUGAACUUAAGCAGUAGCAUAAUUACAUUCGAGGCUUUGCAGUGGGCCAUUGGGGAAUUGGAACGCAUUGAGGAGCAAAGACAUUUUCCCGAAUUCGGUGACGAUGCUACUGAUGAUAAAGCAGAUGGAGCUCCGGGGAGCAGAGUGCUUGCGAAGGAUCUCUAUGGGGAGAAGGGAGAAGAAAGGGUCGGGACUCAAACGCAGGAUUGCGGGCUUGUCGGGGCGAUUCGCGGGCUUCUAUCCGCCUCACUGGAUGGGGAAAAGAUUGAAGCAGCUAGUUCGGGCUUCAGUGCAGGACGCGAGGUGUCCGACGAGCUACCAAGACAUGGAGGGAAGAACGAUGGUUCCGCAGACGAGCUGACAAGAGGGGAUUUUAGUAAUUGGAGGAACAGGUUAAACUUGGCGAGUGGUUAUAAAAGAAAGUCUGGCGAGGAAGAGUCGAGUUAUGAUGGCGAGAAGAGGGCCAGGUUUAGGGAAUACCAGCUAUCCAAGGCUCUGAAAGACGCAGUGUUAUCUGCAGUUGAUGGAGAAGCUGGAAAGCAAAUGUCCCAACGAAUUAAUUCCAGACUUGAGGUGCCAGAAUGUGUAUUCCUCUCUAAUCUCGUCAGCCACUGUUUGCUUGUUAGUCUGGACCAGGUUCCAACGGAUAAUGUUCGUGAAGCCCUUGCUCUCACAAUCCCAGGAGCCUCCGGUGCCUGGAAUUCUAUCCCAGGAAGUGGUUACGCUCGUGCGGAAAAUUCGGAUGCCCGUGAUUGGAUGUGGCUUCACAGAUGGUUCGUCAGAAACCUCCUGCCUUGGGCUGCGAAUGACACUUUCCAUGCUUCAUUAGACUGGUUGGUUGCUUACAUGACGGCUUCCCAGAGCAGCAUUACGAAAUUGGUGCUCGAUGAUCUUGUUGCGGACUUAAAUAAGUGUGAGUCUGAUGGAUGUUCAAAUAUCGCGACCUAUGUUCAACGAGCAGGUGUCCUGGAGUACGCCACCUUUAGGGAUCCUGAGCUUACAUUUGGAAGUCUGCUCUCCAUAUUUCCGUUCUGUCUGACUUCAGUGGGUGAUACACGCGAGUCCACUGAAGCUGAAAGAGAAGGAGUUUGGGCAGGAUAUCAUGCGAAUAUCUGGCUGGGCUUGAUGGUUCUAUGCCCCAGAUUGUUCAGUGCCUUCAUUAGAGUGUGGUUGCCUACUCUAUCAAUUGAUGGGUUGAAGGCGUGGAAGUUUGAUCCAAAAAUGGACAACGAUUGUACUUUCUUGCCGGCAGUUUGGAACAUCCUCGGGGUUUCGGCCCCUGAAGAACCAAGAAGCAGGAGCACUUGGUUGUGUGCUGCCAUGAUCAAGCGUCUUCCUGAACUUGCCCCAAUAGCCUCUCAUGUCGUACUGCUACUAAGUGCUCUUUGUGACAGUACAGCCGAUCAUGAAGCUAGUCACUGGUUAUCUGAGGUUGGGUAUCACCUCUUGGGAUCUUUGCACAAAGUUCUCUCGAAACACGUUCUUCCGAACGUCCUCGGUGCGGACCGAGAUAGUUCUUUAGAAGUAUUUGUUGAAACAUGUCCAAUAGGAAAAAGUUCGGGUGUUGUAAAUUUUCUGGAAAAUUUGCAACAGCAUGCACAUGUGGUUUGGAAGAAAGCACUCGAAUCAUACUCGGAAUCACGGUGUUCAUGCUGUGACGCAUCUACCCCGGAUCGACCAGAUUCUUGUGAUAAGAACGAUACUAGUGGCGGCUGUACUUCUGUAGAGGAGUGUGAACAAUCUCGUACAUUGACUACCCAAGAAACAGGUGACGGACUUGGCACACAAAGAGGUUGUAUGAACCGGGAUCCAUUAAUCCAACUGUGCCAACUGCUUUUUCUUUGUUGCACGGAACAUGUAGUUGCUGAUUUACUCGCGAGUGCAAUGUGGAUAAAUCCUUGUCCCGGUGGAGCGUUCAAGCCUGAAUCUGCUAAAAGACUGAUGUUGGUGAAGAAGGCGUUAAAAAUUGUUGUUGGUCAAGGCCGUGGUUCUCUCAUUUUGGAACGGUGGAUACAACGCAUGAUAGAUCAUCUUCAUCUUGCCAGUGACGAACAGGCACUUGCCAAAAUAUUGGCUUUGAGGCACCUUCUGGACCUCAGUUUCUGGCAGGAUCAUCACCUGCUGAUGGAAAGUGCAUCCGAGAAGCCAUUAUUAAAUUCCUCUAUUGCAACUGCAGAGGGGGAGGCUGGUCAUGAGGGUCAGUCAAGGAAUGUUGUGUGGAAACUGUUGCGGGCGGAAGUGGAUGCCAAGUGGCUUCUCAUCCUGCCUCUUAUGCAUCGAGAGGGGGCAUGGGAUUUAAGAUUGGCCGUGCUUGGACUGCUACAGCAAUUACCCCCUCUCAGCAGUUUACGCUCUCAGGCAGUCGCUAACCGUCUCAAGGCAGUUCUGGGACUGUACUUUUCAUGGCUGGAGACGUUCGAUGGUACUGGGGAUAUGCACUUAAACGAGCAGAUUGAAUUUCAACAUGAACACGAGAAAGACAAGUCAAAUAUAAGUACCGAUCUGACCUUUAGAUGGCAGUAUGCCCGAGCAGUGGAACAUCUGAAGCGAAUCAUCAUCAAGCUUGCAUCAUGUAGUUAUCCAAGUUUUGCCCUGAUGGUGAACAGGGUUUUGGAUUUCUCCUUCGAGCGUUGUCCUCAGAUACCGACAAUGCCAUCACCGUGCUCUUCCAAAAAUACCCCGUUGAGGACAGAGUCCUCAACAGCUCCCUUGCGGAGGAUGUCUAGUGCAGCUCGCACGGCCUUUUCCGUGGCGCCCCUUUCAACCGGAAGGUUAGAUCGGUAUGGUAAGCUCACUCUGGUCUCUGAGUGGGCAUCUGAAGUUGAAAGGUCCAUUGGUGCACUUGAAAUCAGCAAUAUGCAGCUAUCUGAAGAGAACAGCAGAAUUCAAUCAGGUGGUUUCUGUUCAUUGCACAACAAUGAAAGAGAGAGAUUUGGAAAGAAUAUCUUUAGUAAUCAGUCGAAUGGUGGAGUUUCCUACCCUACUGUUGACUCUGCAGAAAAUAUUAGGAAGGGUUCUCAGAAGAUCGAAAUCGUAGGCCUUGAGCUUGGGAGUCUUUUGCGGCGAACACUACACAGAGCAAUAUCUGAGAGUGGAGAAGCUUCUAUCCCCUGGCCUUGCCAUCCCUUAACCGUUCUGGGUUCACUUAUGAAUGAUCGGUUAGAAACCCCUCAUGAAGUUCUCAUGUCGAUGGAGCAAUAUGAGGAGGUGCUACCAAAGCACAUCUCUUCAUUGAGGCACAUCUUUUUAGCUGAGUGUUUAAGUCAGAAUGCAUUUUUGAUGGAGAUGCUGGAGCUGGUUGUUAAACAUGGAGAAAGUAGAGAAGUGCUUAGGUGCGUGGAGUUUGUCCGUGUUCUUCUGGCAGAUAGUAUCUCACGUUGGCACAGUUCGUUUCGAACUCGACGCUCUCACUCUUCUCCUCCACCAAAGGUGGACGAAAAUGAGGCCCGCAGUCGAAUGCAAGCUCACCGUCUUAUUCAGCUAGUUGCUUCAGCUGGAUGGCUUCCGAAUGCCUUAGCGUCAAGUGCGGAGAUUGUUUCUGUCAUUGACGGUGCCGAUAUAGCAGACUUGCUCUUAUUAGUCUGGCGAUGUAUGCAUCAUGCUGUUGCAUUUGGUUCCAAAGUGUGGGGAGGAUCGUCUUCAAAUCUGCAAGGCACAAGAAGCUCAACAGAUGGACAGGGCCUGUCUACGGGUUCUGUUGGAAACGAGGAAGCCGGAAAGGAAGGCACUUAUACAGAAUGGGAACGUCGUUAUUUUUCGAUUUUAAGACAAAAUGUGGCUCAAAUCGGUCCUCAUUUUUCUCAAGUCUACCCUCUACGCAAAAUUAUUUAAUAUCGUCGUUGUGUGUGGCCUGAAAUCACAACUUCAACGAGAUACAAGCAGUAUGACCUACACUUAUAGCGUGGUUCUUUCCACCGUUACUGAUACUUUUACUUUCGCCCUGUUUUACUUUAGGACUGUAAAAUAGGACGAAAGUGGCUGUAUUGCCUGAUUAUUCAAUGUACAUCCUAAUCUUGCUUUUCUUUUGCGUCAGAUCAGGCUUGGACGUAAUAUACUUGCGUAGAGAUACGGGUUAUAACCAUGGUGGUGCAAUGAGGUCCCUGGAGUCUUAGAUAGCUCAUGUCGUGUGCACCGAUUCUGCUGUCGAUGUAUUAUCUUCAUCAAUGUGAGGCCAUAAUUGUUAGAAUACAAAAACUCUACAAAGGCUCAACUCGCACUUCGAGAUUGUUACUAUAUCUGGACCAGAUAUGCAGCACGGGAAGAGAUUGUGCGGGUUUCAGCAAUAUACUUCUUUGGUAGAACGUGUAUGUUUUUAACCGCACAAGGACAAGUUUUGGGAAGUUCUUUCACAAUGUAUCAUCACUGUUCACUUGCAUUUUGCAAACGCC